UUUGUCACAUCGGCAAAUUCUUUUCUUUAGUCGAGUGUGCGGAGUGUAAUAUCCCGUAAGAAUGUCCACGAUAAACUUACCUCUGAAUCUUACCGUGCGGGUUCAUCCCGUUGUGCUGUUCCAAAUUGUUGAUGCCUACGAGCGACGCAAUGCGGAUUCACAGCGAGUCAUUGGAACUUUACUUGGAUCUGUUGAUAAGGGAGUAGUUGAAGUGACCAAUUGCUUCUGUGUUCCACACAAGGAACAUGCCGACCAGGUGGAGGCUGAAUUGGGCUAUGCCUCCGAUGUGUAUGAUCUAAACCGACGCGUCAAUCCUUCUGAGAAUAUAGUUGGAUGGUGGGCAACUGGCCAAGAGGUCACCAACCACAGCUCGGUCAUUCAUGAGUAUUACGCACGUGAGUGCAACAAUCCAAUUCAUUUGACGUUGGACACUUCGUUAACUGGAUUCCGUAUGGGCAUCAAGGCUUAUGUGUGCGUGUCACUGGGGGUUCCCGGUGGUAAAACAGGCUGCAUGUUCACUCCGAUCAACGUAGAAGUAACGAGCUACGAGCCGGAGGUGGUUGGACUGAGACUUUGCUCGAAAACGGUUGGUGUUCAGUCCAACCCUGUCAAACCGCGCACGGUUUCGCCAAUGUUGGAUCUGGCUCAGAUUACCGAGGCCUCCGGAGAACUGCUCACUCUACUGGGCGAAGUUCUAAACUAUGUGGAAGACGUUCUGGCCGAAAAACAACAACCUGAUAACACCGUCGGACGGGCUCUACUGGAUCUUAUUCAUUCCGUUCCGAACAUGACCACGGAUCAGUUCGCGCAGAUGUACAAUUCAAACGUGAAAGAUUUAUUAAUGGUCGUAACUUUGUCGCAGCUUAUCAAAACCCAGUUACAAUUGAAUGAGAAAUUGACCAGCCUAACAUCUUUUCUGAACUAGGGAAACAAGGGAAAACGCACUGUGACACUCGGAAAGCUAUAGAAAUAAAAGUGACAUUCAACGUUUGCAAAUCAGUGUCAAUCGAAUUCAAGAAAACUCUAAGCGCGCCUUUGCGCUGUAGUGCUUACGGACAAGAAAUAAAUACAGCUUCAGAGAUAAAAUUUAUUUUUCUCUGAACAACUUGA